AUGAGUCCCGCGUCGCAGGACACCGCGCACACUCCAUCCGCGCCACCCUUCGCCAUCUCAGCCUCCACUAGUGCUCAUAGGCCAGCCGCUGUGUCAUCUGCAGCGAGCCUGCCUCUGCCCCUGCCCACUACGAACACGAUCCAGGGUCUGUCCCACGACGCCGUUGUCGCCCGCAAUGGGCGUGGCAUGAACUCGCCGAUUGAACUGAUGGUCUUUGGUCUGCCGCACCACCACAUGACCACCGCCAAAGAGGUGCUCUAUCGCGCUCUGCAGAGCAUCACCUUUCCGAAUCUCGAUCCGACCAUGCUUAAGCUCACUGCCGGACCCGCUGGAGCUGAAGAUGGAGGUCGGCCGAGUAGCGUUCGCAUCUCCUGGUCAGGCAACGCUUGGUACGAAACUCUUGAGCGACCGAUUGACCUCGUGGCCGAGAUGGAGAACGUUCGGACCCAGCUGAGCGAGCGGUUUUGUGCCCAAUGGGCUAGCGCGCCCGGAGUCGAUCAGCGAUGUCAUGGUCGAUUCCAGUUCGUCGUGCAGGAAGAGGGCAUUGAGGUCAACGCGAACGAUGCUAUGGAGUGGGCUCGGAUCUUUGUGAUGAAGUUGGGCUACCGUCUCAUCGACAUCACGCCGAAGGGCUUCCAGGGCACGCUCAAGGUCGGAGAGGUGAAGGGCUUGACUGUCAUCCUGAACACUCCCACUGCUGUCGAGAAGGUCUCAGAGGUUGUGCGACGCCAGGCGCCGACCUUUGACGGUCACGCCGUCACCUUCUCCGCCUCGGACACCGUGGUGACGAUGGAUUCCCCAGCGACGAUCAUCGGUCCCGACCAGGGCGAGGUUCAAGCACACUAUCUCGAAGACGAGCUCCAGCGAUGGGUGGUUGAGUUCAACGCCAAGAACGGCACGAACGACUUCCUGCACGUCCUCUCCAGCGCGGGAGACCGAACCGUCGGACAGGUGCUUGUUCGUCACGCCUACGCCGUCCCUUCGUCGGUUGGGCUGGCCGAGUUCAUUGCCGCGCAGACGCCCCACUGCAGCGACCCGUGGGAGCUCGCCUACAACCUCAACGCGAACAAGCUUGUCUCGCAGCGCAUCCUGAAGGACAGGCAGCAGGCCCAGGCGGCAUCCCUAGCCGCUGAAGUGCGCGAGCUGCGCACCGAGUUCAACAAGCUUGCAGUCAGGCUGAAGGGCAUCCACGCUUCCGUCGACGACAGCGUCUCCGAGAUGGGUCGGCAGACCAUCAACCUCCAGACCUUCGGCCGCGAUCUGUACGACAACCUCCAGACGCUGUUUGGCGAGCUCGAUAAUCAAGGCUGCAUCGACCGUGAUGUGCUGGUGCUCACAAUCAAGCUCAAGCUGAUUGAGGGUCAGCUAGCGGAGGUGAACCGUGAGAUCAUCCUUGUGGAGGGGGAGAUCAAGGAGGAGAGCAGCAAGAAGCACAAUGCCCGCCGAGAUCUGCUGAUCAAGGCGAAGAGUCAGCUCGAGGCGGAUAAGCGCAACACCACACAACAGCGAGCGCAGCACGCCUUACAGCGCAAAACCAAAGUGGCUUUAGUUGACCGCACGGGACUCACCGUCACUGCGCCACCUUCGACCGCACGGCUGGGCUCAAGCAAGAAUAGGCAACCCAUGAAGAAGGCUGAUAAGGGCAGUAGAAUGUAG